AUGGCGAAAUGUCCAAAGCAUGAGGUUCUGCUCCAUAACUUCAAGCCAACGUACUUCCUAGACAAAGGAGAAACAAUUAAGGGCAGCCUUUCAAAUACUGAACACUUGACUUUCAGUCUUGCAAGCCAGGAAUCAUUCUCAGAUACUCAUGGCAUAGGAGUUAUAUCCAGAAAUGUAACAGUUUCCCUCAAAGAAAGAAAGAGAAGAAAUGAGGGACACAACCACGCAAGCAAACCUACCAGAUGUGGAAGUUUCAAAAACUUUUCUUAUGUUGUUUCAAGUGGUCAGCAGAGAAAAAUUUCUCAUGAAAAUGAUGAAGUUUCAGAUAAGACCGUUGUGUAUGACCUUCUGAAACUGGGCUGUCCGUUAUCAGUGCAGAGCAGUGAACCUUUCAAACCCAUUAUUGACGUAUACGAUGGAGAAACGUUUGUAAAAGAAGUGGAUGUAAACUAUGUAUUGUGGGAACAACAUGGUCGAGCUGGCUACAAGUACAGUAAAACCAUGAAGGAGGUUGGGUGCAUGAGAGAGGCGCAGAGCUGGGAAAAGAUGAUAAAUUCUAUGAAGGGAGGAAGUAUUGAAUCAGCGUGGUCCAAGGAGAAUUACCAAACUUGUUUUCAAGAGUCAGCAGAUGGCUCCAUUUCUGCGGAUAAUCUUUAUGAACGAUACGAGAUCCUCAACAGUUCUGGGGCCGCCUCGCACAUUGUGUGGACUGAUGUAGGCACUUUUGUCUUCCUCCUGAAAGUUCUUGAUCCUGAAUUUAGCUUUUGUAAUCUGACCGUAGAGUUUGGUGUUCAAGUGCAUGGUGUCAGGAGUGCGAUGCAAGAGAUUCCAACCUUCGUGGUUCUGGGUUCAGCAUGCCUGACUAUCGUGGUCCUGAUGCUAUCUGCCUUCCACACCGCAGCACUGUGUUCCGAAUGA